AUGUUACGUAACCCAACACACCGUGUUCUGGUGGGAGACGCAAAGAAGAGCCAAGAAACAAUUACUGCCACAAAACUAUGGGUUUGCUUCAGCCGAGCUCUCAUUAAUUUGGGACACGUUGGCGUAGUUUGUCUGGACAGCUGCAAACACUGUGUUGUGGUUGUAGAAUUUGGACAAACCAGGGAGCAAGAAACGCCUCCGGACUUCUUCUACUUCUCAGACUUCGAGAGGCACAAUGCUGAGGUCGCCGCUUUUCAUCUGGACAACUUUGAACUGGACUCUAAUCUGAGCCCAUCUGUGCUGCUGUUUCUCUGGGACUGUGUGCUGACCACCUGA